CUUUAGCUAAGCUAACAGGCUCUUGCUCUGUAAAACUUGGAGGAAGAAAGUUUUGAAGUAAUGACAGAUGGGGAUUUCGAAGAUCUUUUGUGUGAAUCGGAUGCUCGCGGCUACCUAUACGUGCCGCAAUACAGCGACGAACAGUUGCGGGUGAUGGAGGAAAGAGGCAGCCGGAGACAAGACCUGCGGUCAGGAUUAAGAGCCCGGCCAGACUCGAGCUGGGGCGAAAUGGUGGUGUGAGUGCUCUAGCUGUGUAUCUAUGCAAACAGAUAGAGAGUCCUAUUGCUGUCGCGAAUUUCAGCGAUGCCAUUUUCUUUUUUUUUUUCUUUUUUUUUUUUAUGCAUACAGCGAUGCCAUUUUCUUCUGCAUGAGAUCGCUGAAUCCGCUGAUGAAACUGCACCGCUAGCAUGUGUAACUGAGCACCCAAGUUUUGUAUCACACAUGGACAGGGGGUGAAACUUAUUUCACAAUCCCAAAGAUAGAUUGGAAACGCCAGCCAAAGCCUGCAGGGACAAAUGGACGGCUUAGUGUAAACCUUGCACAGUUUUUCUAAUGACAAAGAGACGGUAGAAAGACAAUGAAGAAACUUUAAUUCUCGUUCUCAGCGUCCUCUUGGAUGGUCUGUGUUUGGUGCGUUACACAUUUACAGAUGGAACAGGAAUAUUGUUAAAGAUUUUUAGAUCCAACAAGUCUUUUUUUUUUUAAUGAAAUUUGGACACAUCUGAGGAUUUUUGAAGGUGUCAAGUCAUGAAUCCUCUGUGGAAGGUCUAUAAGAGUAAAGUGAUGAAGACCCUCAAUCCGGACAUGGAGGAAGAGCCGGUGGAAGAGGUCGGUGAAACAGCUGAAGAUAUGAUGCCUAUCCAGUCUGAUGAAGGACCCAGUGCAGUGGCACAGCUGGCCAAGAGAAUGCAGGGAGCUGGGGCGAAGAGCUGGAAGAGUGUUUCGUCUCUUUUCAACAAAGAUGACGAGCACCAACUUCUGGAGGCCGAGACUCAACCUGCAGCAGAUCAUCCAUUGGCAGUGAAGCCAGAGGAGCCUCCAAGACCCAACAAACGCAACACUGGAUUCUGGGAUAGCUUUGCGACAAAGUUUCACCAAGCUGCAGCGAUGAAGCAAGCGGAAGCGGCGGGCACCUCGGCAAAGGAGGGAGAAGGCGAAAGCAACCUGGAGAUGGGGAACGAGAGCAGAGGGAGGGCAGAAGAUGGGGAGAACCACACUGGAAUAGAGUUUGAUGCGAAUGAGGGUGGCGGGUGCAGCAUAAGCAACAGCUUCACCAAGUAUGCAACACUUGGUGGUGACAGUGAAGAUACACCCGUCUUCAAGUGGAACUUUGUCACCAACAAAUUGGCUGAGCUUAAGACGAAAAGCAUGUCCAAGAGCAACUAGCCAAGUAGAAGAGAAGGGGAGGGCAACGGCCAGGGUUGGAGAGUAACGGAAUACAUGUGACGGGAUUACGUAUUUAAAAUACAAAAUAUAAGUAUAAAGUUUUUAUAGUCAAAACAAGUGAAAAAAUCUACCAGUGCUGAAGAAGUAAUCCAAAGUAUUUAGAAUACGUUACUGACCUUGAGUAAUCUAACAGAAUACAUUACAAAUUACAUUUCACAGCAUGUACUCUGUAAUCUGUAGAGGAAUACAUUUCAAAAGUAACCCUCCAACCCUGGUGUGGCUGGGCGGAGGGCGGGGCCGGGUCGUGAUCCUACACACCCGGUCCCUUAUUAGGCUAAUUAUGCCUCCGUGAGGGAUAAAGGUCAGCGGUCUUAAACCCCGCUGCAUUUCAGCGGCUGGUUGGGGACUCCUCCGCCCCUGGCAGCGGCCCUGACCGCUCCAGGCGGUCGGUUAGGAGCCCCUUCUCCCCUCGCGGUCAGCGGCCAUCGUCCUCUUUCAGGCGGCUGGGCUCCUCGUCCCCCGGCAGAUGGCCGCGGCUGCUCCGUUGGGGUGGACGGUAGUGGCGAGAACUAUACUACGGCGUAUCCCUCCUCCUUCCCGGGCUUCGGCACCAGUGUAACGUAUUCAAUGGAAAGGAGGCGGCGAGAACCGGCUUGACGAUAUAAAUCAUAUUUUAAUAGUAAACUUAAAAGACAACAUAAACACACACGACGGACAUGUCCGUUAACGAUCUCUCUCUCCCGCACGAUCCCCUGCAGUCGACCUUUAUCCCUCACGGAGGCUUGAUUAGCCUAAUACGGGACCGGGUGUGUAAGAUCACGACCCGGCCCCGCCCUCUGCCCUGCCAACCCUGGCGACUGGGUACUAGAAAACUAGAGAAGAGUUAUCAAAGUUCAGACCACGGGGGACACAGUGCUUGAUUUGAGCCUUACAUUGCAGAUUGGUGGUGAUCACAUUUCACAGGACCAGUUUAAAAACAUCGACCAUGACCGAGACUGUGGCCUCUCCUGGCCUGGAUUGGUUGACACUCAUGUAGGAUUAAUUGCAUAAACACAUCAGGGAAUUCUGAGGAUGAAUGUAUAAUGUAUAUAUAUAUAUAUAUAUAUAUAUAUCUAUAUAUAUCUAUAUAUACUUCUCUUAAAGUGAACUUGUUCCACUCAUUCUUCUCUGAGGUCAGACCACAUUUCAUGUAACCUCAAUGUUUAUUGGGCUGUUUAUUUAUUUAGCAUAACUGUCGCUAUUGACGUCAUUAUUCUGAAAAUAAAUGCUCGCACGUGCUUUUUCAGUUCUGCCCACACAGAUGAGGUCAGGGCUUUGUGAUGGCCACUCCAAUACCUUGACUUUGUUGUCCUUAAGCCAUUUUGCCACAACUUUGGAGGUAUGCAUUGACCAUUUGGAAGACCCAUUAGCGAUGAGCUUUAACUUACUCGCUGAUGUCUUGAGAUGUUGCUUCAAUAUAUCCACAUAAUGUUCCUUCCUCAUGAUGCCACCUAUUUUGUGAAGUGCACCAGUCCCUCCUGCAUCAAACACCCCCACAACAUGAUGCUGCCACCCCCAUGAUUCACAGUUGGGAUGGUGUUCUUCGGCUUGCAAACCUCACCCUUAUUCCUCCAAACAUAACGAUGGUCAUUAUGGCCAAACAAUUCAAUAUUUUUCAUUAGAUCAGAGGAAAAAUAAAUAUCUUUGUCCCUAUUUGCUCUUGAAAACUGUAGUCUGGCUUUUUAAUGCUGGUUUUGGAGCAGUGGCUUCUUCCUUUCUGAGGAGCCUUUCAGGUUAUGUCAAUAUAACUAACAUAAUCGACUCAUUUUACUGUGGAUCUAGAUACUCGUCCACCUGUUUCCUCCAGCAUCUUCACAAGGUCCUUUGCGGUUGUUCUGGGAUCGAGUUGCUCUUUUCACACCAAACUACAUUCAUCUCUAGGAGACAGAAUGCGUCUCCUUCAUGAGCAGUAUUAUAGCUGUGUGGUCCCAUGGUGUUUAUACUUGCGUACUGUUGUUUGUACAGAUGAGGUGUUUGGAAAUGGCUCCCAAGGAUGAACCAGACCAGAAUGUUUAAUCCAAAUUUAUGCCCUUUUUUCAAAAAAUUUUCUGAGGUCUUGGCUGAAUUCUUUUGAUUUUCACAUAAUGUCAAGUUUGAAGGUAGGCCUUAAAACACAUCCACAGGUACACCUCCUAUCAGAAGCUAAUUGGCUGAUUGUCUAAAGGCUUGACAUCAUUUUCUGAACAUUUUUAAGCUGUUUAAAGUCACAGUUAACUUAGUGUAUGUAAAUUGCUGACUCACUGGAAUUGUGAUAUAGUCAAUUAAAAGUGAAACAAUCGGUCUGUAAACAAUUGCUGGAAAAAUCACUUGUGUUAUGCACAAAGUAGAUGUCCAAAACUACUUGCCAAACUAUAGUUUGCGUGGUUAAAAUGAGUUUUAAUGACUUCAACCUAAGUGUAUGUAUAUUUCUGAUUUUAACUGUGUGUAUGUGUAUAUAUAUAUAUAUACAUAUAUAUACAUAUACAUACACACUUUUUAUUUUGAGAAUAAUGACGUUAAUAGCAUCAGUUAAGCUCAAUAAAUUACAUGAAAUGUGGUCUGACCUCAGAGAAAAAGUGGAACAAGAUUACCUUAAGAGAAGUACAGUGAGGAAAAUAAGUAUUUGAACACCCUGCUAUUUUGCAAGUUCUCCCACUUGGAAAUCAUGGAGGGGUCUGAAAUUGUCAUCGUAGGUGCAUGUCCACUGUGAGAGACAUAAUCUAAAAAAAAAAUCCAGAAAUCACAAUGUAUGAUUUUUUAACUAUUUAUUUGUAUGAUACAGCUGCAAAUAAGUAUUUGAACACCUGAGAAAAUCAAUGUUAAUAUUUGGUACAGUAGCCUUUGUUUGCAAUUAAACGUUUCCUGUAGUUUUUCACCAGGUUUGCACACACUGCAGGAGGGAUUUUGGCCCA